CGUUCGGACCACGUUUGUAACCUACUUGUCAAAGGUUAUCAAAAGAUGGACUGUACUGUACUGUACCUGGUGGCCAGUAACAAUUAUAGAUCCCUCUAGGCUUUUGGAAAAGACGGAGAGCAUCAAGACUUUCUAUACUCGUCUUCAAGUAUUAGAAGUGGCAUUCUUUUCUUACCUACAAAGACAGUAAUUAAGCAUUUCUACUCGACUAGACCUUGCCUAUUCAAGGAUUCGGGCCAAGCAUGAGGUUGUCUGUGGCCAUAGAAACGACAAGCAUUUCAAGUACACCCUUUAUACUGGACUCAAGAGGAUAUGUAGGCUUUACCCGUAAAGUUUCACAUCUUUCAUUUCUAUCUCGCAGCAUUGAGUAAUGAACUACAAGUUAAGUUGGAUAGCGGCGUCACUCUAUUGUAUCCGUGAGUAAUAUGUUGGUUGACUCGGUAUCCUGCGGAAGCCUAAAGUCUGAAUACUGCGUAAAAGACAAUAACAUUUGAAUAACCGUUUGUUUGCUUCUUAUUCACAUUGUUAGAAACUAUAGUUUUCUGCAAGAGAAAUUCUUCUACAAUUUACAGAAAAUCAUACAAUACCAAGUCCAUAAUUAUAACAGUUAACUAAAUUGUUUCAAAACGUGUGCUGUAAGUAAACAUAGACAAUAGAAGACGACAAUAAGACAAUCUAACCUAGAAAACCGACGUUUUUCGAAACUGAAGAACUUAGAAACCGAGGAAAUUUUAUUGCUACGUGUAGACUUCACAUCUACAUAAUGAGUGUGAUUUGCUUAAUUUUGAGAGCACUGCUCGCCAGUGCAUUUUUGUGGUUGGCUAUUUAUGACAUUUGUGCCGGUGGUAUGAAAGCUCACAUCUCAGGAGACAUCAUACUAGGAGGGCUUUUUCCUAUUCACAAAAAAAAUACAAAAAGUAAAUGUGGACUUAUAAAUAAGGAUCGUGGGAUCCAAAGAACAGAAGCCAUGUUGUUCGCCAUCGAUAAAAUAAAUCAAGAUCCAACCAUCUUGGGAAACAUAAAACUUGGAGCUAUCAUCCUUGACACAUGUUCUAGUGACAGCUAUGCCCUCAAUCAGUCCUUGGAGUUCAUCAGGGCGUCCAUUAAUACUGUAGACUCUUCAGCUUUUGAGUGCCAAGAUCGUAGUCAUCCCAAACUAAAAUUCAGUAACAAGGCCAUCAGUGGAGUUGUGGGUGGUUCCUAUAGUGAGGUUUCUCUGCAAGUCGCGAACCUUUUGAGACUAUUCCGAAUACCACAAGUCAGUCCAGCAUCCACAGGCACCUCGCUCAGUGACAAAAGUCGUUACGACUUCUUUGCUCGGACUGUUCCUCCAGAUACCUUCCAAGCUUUAGCGCUUGUGGACCUCGUACAAAGCUUCAACUGGUCUUAUGUCUCACUUGUGUCCUCUGAAGGUCAAUACGGUGACUCAGGGAUGAAAGCUUUCCAGCAAGAAGCACGUGCAAGAAACAUAUGUAUUGCUGUGAAUGACAAGGUCCCUCAUUCGGCUUCUAAAGAUAAAUUUGAUGAUAUUUUUAAGAACUUAUUAACCAAAUCUAAUGCUAGAUGUGUAGUUCUUUUUACCAGGGCAGAGGACUCGCGAGGUAUUUUAGAAGCAGCCAAACGAGCCAAUUCUGUUGGAACGUUUGCUUGGGUAGCUAGUGAUGGCUGGGGAACUCAGGAUAAGUUAGUUGAAGGAAUUGAAGACGUCGCUGAAGGUGCCAUCACAGUCGAGUUACAGUCCAAAGAAAUAGACGAAUUUGAUUGGUAUAUGCAAAAUUUGACCGCUUAUAACAACCAAAGAAAUCCUUGGUUUGAAGAGUACUGGGAAGACGUGUUCUCUUGUAAUCUCCCUCAUAAUGUCAAUAAUGAUAUCAACGCCACUCUUCUUGUAUGUUCACCAAAUCUCAGACUAGACGAAAGUGUCGGCUAUAAGCAGGAGUCUAAAGUACAGUUUGUUGUAGAUGCUGUAUACGCAAUUGCCUACGCCCUUCAUAGAGUUUGGGAAGACUUAUGUGCCCCUUAUGGAAAAGGUUACUGUGUAGAAAUGAGGGAAAUAGACGGCGGCACAUUCUAUCGAGAUUAUUUGCUUAAUGUAUCAUUCAUAG